CUUUUGAUUAGACCUAGAAGUUGGCCUCAAAAUGUCAGACUUUAACGGAGAGGACGAAGGACAAAAGCAGAAAGGCGUUUUCUCCACUUUGGUGGCCAAUGGAGACUGGCUGUGCCUUAAAGGAGAGUAUAAGAAGGCUAUAGAGAGCUACACAAUGGCACUGACUUUAAAGCCCGAUGACAAGACCUGCUUCGUUGGCCGAUCCAAAUGUUACCUGAAGAUUGGUCAGUCUGACAGCGCUCUGAAAGAUGCAGAGGCUUCACUUAAAGAGGACAAGACCUUUUUUGAGGGUUUGUACCAGAAAGCAGAGGCAUUGUACUACAUGGGAGAAUUUGAAUUUGCGCUGAUGUUCUACCACAGAGGACAAAAGCUACGUCCACAAGUACAGGAGUUCAGAUUGGGUAUCCAGAAAGCACAGGAGGCCAUAGAAAACUCUGUCGGCUGCCCUUCUUCCGUAAAACUAGAGAUCAAGGGUGACCUGUCAUUUCUCGAAAAAGAUGAGGAGAGAGUACAGCCAAUUACUGCAAUUCAGAAUCUGACGAGAGAGAAAAAACAGCAGAUGAAGAAGACCCCUAAGAAUGAGAAGACAACCAAACAACUGCUGGGAACAUUUUACAGUGACAAGCAAUGUCUUGAAAACCUGCUGAAAGAUGAAACCCUGGUUAAAGGUAAGACAAAGGGUGGUGAACAACUGCAAGAUGUCAUCCAGGGUUGCCUCACGUACAUUGACAGCUGCACUGAGUUCUGGAGCCAGGAGAAACCUAUCUGUCCAGGCGAAAGGGAGCGUAAGAGCAUGCAUCAGAAAUGUAGCAAGCCACGUCACACUGCACCCAUUGAACCUGCUCAAUUCCUGCUGAAGAGCCUGGAUGACAUUGCCGCAGAGUUGUCAUUAGGAAAUGCAGAAGGUAGUCUCAAGAAGGCGGAGGAAGUCAUGAAGAUCGUGCAGGGCUGGUCAGAGAAAGAGGUGCCUAAUAAGAAAGAAGUCUUAGGCAGCCUGCAUAGUUGCAUUGGGAAUGCCCUGUUCGACCUGGGAGACAUGGACAAAGCACUAGAGCAUCAUCAGAGAGACUUGGAAUUGGCAGAACAAUGUAAACUCCCAGAUGCAAUGUUGAGGGCUCUGGACAACAUUGGGCAGGUUUAUGCCAGAACUAGCCAGUUCUCCCAGGCCAUUGAGUUCUGGGAGAGGAAGAUUCCCCUGGUCUGUAGUGGUCUGGAGAGGACCUGGUUGUUUCAUGAGAUCGGUUGGUGUUACCUGGAGCUUCGUCGCCACGAAGAAGCCCGAGACUAUGGCACUCGAUCAGCUGCUGCGGCUGAUGAAAUUGCAGAUGAGAAAUGGCAAAUAAAUGCAAAUGUUUUGGUGGCACAAUCAGAAUUGAAACUUGGAAACUUUAAAUCCUGUGUAUCCCACUUUGAGAAAGCCUUAAUCAAAGCCAAACUGCAAGAAGAUGAGUCUGCCAUGAAUGCCAUUCAGAAGGCACUCGAUGAAGCAAAACAACAUCUACCACAGUGAGGAUGUCGUCAUUCGAGAUUUGUCGUGCUGCAGAGAAGACAGGAACUUCCACUGUCACACCUCUUAUUACAUCUGUAACAAAGCAUACGUGGUAUGAUUUACACACGGCUGACUGCCCUCCUGGUUCCUUGUAUGUGUUCAGAAGUUUUAUGAGCUCCCUCCUGCUGCUUAUACAAGUCAGUGCAUUGUUUGUGUGUACAUCAGAGACAGUGGAAUCACAAUUUACAGUCAUCAUCUUCGUAGAUCUUGAGAAAAUGUCACUAAUACAUAUCGUCUCAUUGACUUUGGUACUAGCAAAGUACUUGGUUACGAGUGGCAUUACAUACAAGGUGAUUGUGGUUGACACCAGUUAAAGUUGUCUGUGACUUGACACUGAAUAUUUUGCACAUUUCAAUAAAUAGUACUGCUAGUUGAACAGAAAAAUGGCAACCAAUGUAAAAGGGGAACAUAUAGGUUUCUUUUUUCUUGAUGUUCAGGACAGAUGUAGGUCAAGAAAAAAACAUAAAACUGAGAAAUGAAAUGUAUUUAGAUGAAAAUAAAGUCAGACAAAAUAUGAAACCAGGUA